UAGAAUUAUGACAUAGACGACGAUGAUGACACUAUUCGAUGCUACCUGAUUACUGCCGCAUCCAAAGCCUUAACAUACUGACUCUGUACCUUGUUCCAGCAACUUAGAGCAGAGCGUUAGCUAGCUGUACAUUCUUAAUCUUGGAUCAUGGCUUCUAACGUUACGGUUUCGGAGUUGAAUGACGUCCAGCGUUUGAUAUUGGAUUCCCAACCCAUGCCCGCCAUAAGGCCCAUAACGUAUGUUCGGAAGCCAACACCUCCAGAUGACCCCGAGUAUGACCGCUACAGGGACCGACACACGGCCGAAGGGCCGGCUCUGAACCGGAAAGAUGCGAUGCUACGUCCACUUCGUCAAGCUUCUCCCGUCGCAGGCACGCGCCCUGCUUUUGCGCCGGCACGCCCGGCAGACUCACAGUUCCGAUCGGGAGGCCGAACCCUCCGCAUACCUAUGCGACCCUGGCGCAAAGUCAGCAGAAUAACCUCACCGAGAGGUGCUCGUCGGUGGGUGCGCGUGUCGAUGACCGGUACCCCGCCAAAAUUUCCCGACACAGGACACCCCCAUAGUGUUGACUCCAUGCACCACGAUCCCAACUAUCAUCCCAUGGCUGUUCAGGUGCCUCCGCAUCCCUCCCUCGACCCUCAGCCAAUACCCAGAAGCCUUAUACCUAGACCAGUGUAUCGUGCGAAGAACAUUGGGGGGUCUGGAACGCUCGAGUCUCGACCCCCCGAUGUAGAACAAGGUUUACCAGUACUUACGCGAGAAAACACCGAUGGUCGUAUCUCAAGCGCAUCGCUAGGGCGUACGGAGGAAGCAGGUGACGCGAUGAGGUGCACGGAAACCGCGUCUCAAGGCCAGCGAAUGGUCAGACAGGUUGGGGUUGCAUCUCUACGGGUCGAGUUUCUAUCAUUAUCGGCAGAGCUCGCCUCUUACGGGAGCAGUAAUUCAGAACACUCGAACGAUACCACGUCGAUAUCGUGUUGCUCGAGCGACAAUGAAGGCGACGGUGUGGACACGAAUGUGCUUGUCAACGAGGAAACGGAGCGUGGACAGAAGUCGUCUCAGUCUACGGCGCAGGACACCGAACCACCGACAGAACAACCGUCCGUGUCGCCGUCAAGUUUUUCAUCUGGCGGCUCCCAGGCCUCUACCACGCGAAAACGGAGCAAGACGGACGAAGAGAAAGAGGAAGGAGGACGGAAGAAGAAACCACUAUCCAACGGCCUAGGAACACCGGAUCUACUGUUGGCUUCUUUAAGACUUGCAUGUCCAUACCAAGCGUAUGAGCCAUGGAGAACGUGUUUUAAGCAGGCUGAUGGAUGCGAGAACAUCUCUCGUCUAAAACACCACAUGGCCCGCAAGCAUAUGAUCUCGUUCCGAUGCCAGCAUUGCUGGACGUCUUGCGACACCCGGCAGAAGGCCGCAUCGCACCUGGAGGAUAAGCAAUGCCAACCCAGGAACAAGCCGAUCGACGAUUGUUUCAUGGAGCCGGACCACGAACCUGUGGUGGAGAACACUUCUAGAAAAGCAUCAGCCGAAAGCAUUUGGUGGGCCAUGUUUCGGUUGUUGAUCCGCGGUGUCGAGCAGAUCGACGAUUCUACACUCAAAACCGCAUAUUCUCCUUAUUACAGAGCCAGCAUGAAACCUACCGUACAGUGGAUGCUCCCCCCUGUUGCAAUCCCAAGAGAUGUACUACGGUCUGUACAAACGACACGCUGGACCUCCGACAGUGAAAUACGUUCCGACAUUGGACAAUCCAAUCUCACCGAACUGAGUCCUCAAAGAGCAACACAAGGUACUUUGAGUGCGCCAUCAAUGGACCCGUUCACAUCAGCACAGUCGUUCUCAGUUCCAUUAUACGAGGUGACAUUUCCCUGCCCACCAGCGUCCGCUACGGCUACGACUGGACCGUCUGAGCCAACAGCCGACCCUCUCUCUUCGUCUUUUGACUCCCUUAUGGAUCUUAUUCCUCCGCCAGUGACGAACCCCUUGGAAUUUACAACAACAUCUCUGCGGCCAGAAGGGGAAGCCAGUAACCUAGGGGAUGCACCGGCUAUCGAUAUGCCACUGGCUGCAAGGCAACAGACUCAACCUGUAACCAAGGCGAAGGAGCCAGCCCCGACACAUUCGGAACGAAAUCACCAACGUCUCAUGCAGCGGUUCGAACUGGUCAAGGCUGAGAACCAGAAGCUGCGCGAGUCCAAUACCGCUAUUCGCACGGAGUUGAACGGUGUAGAGCAGACUCUUGAGGAGGUUCUUGCUACGGAGGAUCUGUCAGACGCAACAUACGACAGGUUGUCCAAGGCGGUGUUGUCACUUGCGUCUAUCAUGCAGAGGUUGUGUUGAGUCCAGGGAACCUGCAACGCAGCUUCCAUUUCAGUUGUGGUUUGGCCAGAGAUCUGCUCAAUGCCUUAGCUUAGACAAGAUUCUGACAGCAGACGGAGAGUUGUAUACCUACAAUGAUUGAUACA